AUGAAAGGCGAAAAACGAAAAGCGAAUUUCGAUAUUCGUGAAAUAUCACUUAUUGUGGAAAAUGUUUCCGAAAACAUAGGCACUAUAAAAAGCAAGUUAACAAAUUCAGUGACAAACAACUUGAAGAAACAAGUGUGGCAGUCCAUAACAGAUCAAGUAAACUCGGUUGGCGUUGAACGCAGCGAUAGGGAUGACGUCAAAGAGAAACGGAGGAGUAUGUACACGUCGGCGAAAAAGAAAAAUGCCGAGUAUAAAAAAAGUUUAACGAAGACGGGUGGUGGACCAAGUUCCAAAGAACUCAGUCCCAAAACACAGAAGAUAGUUGAUUUAUUUUCGGACGAUCCGAGUUUCUCCGGGCUUAAUGGUGGGAUGGAGACUGCAAUUCUGAUAAACCAAGGAUCAUCAGGAUGUGAAGUAAUUGAUGAACAUCAUUCACCGGAACAGACAUGCACAUUUUCAUCUUGGUAUGAACCAACAGAUAUCAUUAUUCAGGAUGUCAGCCCAGAUGACAUGCCACUGCCAGGGUGCACCUAUGAAAUCAUCACCAAUCCUAUGCAGGACAAAUCCAUUGAAGAAAACAAAGUGAAUGGCAAAAAAAGAAGAAUUUCGACAGGAAUGGGUAUUGAAUGA